GGGGCGGAGUUAGUGCAGUAGAGAGUGCUCGAGUCUGUUCCUCUACACUGCAGUCACUUUCUGCUGGAGGAUCCACCCGCACCAAAAACAUGGGUGUUGAAAUUGAAACAAUAUCACCAGGAGACGGAAGAACUUUCCCAAAGAAAGGACAGACAUGCGUUGUGCAUUACAUAGGAAUGCUGCAGAAUGGCAAAAAGUUUGACUCAUCACGAGACAGAAACAAACCUUUUAAAUUCAAGAUCGGCCGACAGGAAGUUAUCAAGGGCUGGGAGGAAGGCGUAGCACAAAUGAGUUUGGGUCAAAGGGCGAAGAUCACCUGCACCCCAGAUAUGGCUUAUGGUGCCACAGGUCACCCUGGCGUCAUUCCCCCCAACGCCACCCUUAUAUUUGAUGUAGAGCUGCUCAAACUGGAAUGAAUCAUUAGCUUGUACAUGUCAGAGGAGAAACACAAGCCCCAUAUAAACAGUCAUCUUCUUCAUCAACAUCAUUUUCUGUUCUUUGCCAAAAAAAGCAGCGUGUUACCUUUUCUUUACAAACAGCAUGCUCUUUUAAUUCUAGGUCACAUUUCAAAAACAUUUGUAAAUGUAAUGCAAUCAUUUAAUCCGUAUUUUAAAUUAUACCAUACCGAAUUCACAGCCUUACUAAAAGUGAGUAGGUUUAGGAUUUAACAGUAAGGUAUAAUAGGUUAUAAUUCUGAGGGGCAUUAACAACUACUGUCAGCAUUGCCACUUUUGAUAAAAGUAUAUCCUGCUGAAUGCAAAUGAAUAAAUGAUAAUGUUACUGUAUUUACUAUAUAUUUUAUAUUUGAUUAUAUCCCUUAUAAACAUUUCUGCAAGUCUCAAUCUACAAAAAUGAGAUGUGUAACAACUGAAAUAUGUACCGUGGAGUGCUUUGGCUUCUAUAAACUUUUUUUUUCAGCUUGAACUUAAUAAAUAUAUUUUAACUCUU